UGGUGCGUUGCCACGGAGACGGAGGAGGGCGACGAGAACGCACGCGCCGGUUUGAUGCUCUAGUCACGUGCAGGCGUUGAAGAUGGCGGCGGCCCAGGCGGUGGAAGAAAUGCGGAGCCGCGUGGUUCUAGGGGAGUUCGGGGUUCGCAAUGUUCAUACGACGGACUUUCCCGGCAACUAUUCCGGCUAUGAUGAUGCCUGGGACCAGGACCACUUCGAGAAGAAUUUCCGUGUGGAUGUAGUACACAUGGAUGAAAACUCAUUGGAAUUUGACAUGGUGGGAAUCGACGCGGCCAUUGCCAAUGCUUUUCGACGCAUUCUAUUAGCUGAGGUGCCAACCAUGGCUGUGGAAAAGGUCCUGGUGUACAACAACACAUCCAUUGUCCAGGAUGAGAUCCUUGCUCAUCGCUUGGGGCUCAUUCCCAUUCACGUUGAUCCCCGUCUUUUUGAAUAUCGGAACCAAGGAGAUGAAGAAGGCACAGAGAUAGAUACUCUGCAGUUCCGGCUGCAGGUUAGGUGUACUCGGAACCCCCAUGCUGCUAAAGAUUCCUCUGACCCCAGUGAACUCUAUGUGAACCACAAAGUGUACACCAGACACAUGAUAUGGGUGCCCUUGGGGAACCAGGCUGACCUUUUCCCAGAGGGCACUAUCCGACCAGUGCAUGAUGAUAUCCUCAUUGCUCAGCUGCGGCCUGGCCAGGAGAUUGACCUGCUCAUGCACUGUGUCAAGGGCAUUGGCAAGGAUCAUGCCAAGUUUUCACCUGUGGCCACAGCCAGCUAUAGGCUCCUGCCAGACAUCACCCUGCUUGAGCCUGUGGAAGGGGAUGCGGCUGAGGAGCUGAGCCGGUGCUUCUCGCCGGGUGUUAUUGAGGUACAGGAAGUCCAAGGUAAAAAGGUGGCCAGAGUUGCCAAUCCCCGGCUAGAUACCUUUAGCAGGGAAGUCUUCCGGCAUGAGAAGCUAAAGAAGGUUGUACGGCUGGCUCGGGUUCGGGACCAUUAUAUCUUCUCUGUCGAGUCAACAGGGGUGUUGCCACCAGAUGUGCUGGUGAGUGAAGCCAUCAAGGUACUGAUGGGGAAGUGCCGGCGGUUCUUGGAUGAGCUAGAGGCGGUUCAGAUGGACUGAAGUUUCCACAGACUUACUGGCAUGGCUGGCCUCGGAUGCUUGCUCCUGAGGCAAAUGGAAGAUUUGGGAUUCUGGCCUGCCCCCACAGGAGUGCUGUGGAGAGCCCAGUGUAACCAGGGGUCUUCGGUUUUCUGGGACAAUCACCACUUCAUCUUCAGUCAAUACAUUUUGUUAAAUGUGCCAUAAAAUGUGACUUUUAUGCCUUUGUAAGGCCUUAAUGUAAAUAAAUUCACACUCAAACAAAAAA